CAGGCUUCUGCGGCUUACCCCAGACUUUCUCUUUCCACCCGGCUUCCACUGCUUUCUGUCCCGUGGUAAUUAUAACUUGGCCCUUUCCCUUUUCACUCUCGACGUGCAUCUCUCUCCCGUUCACCACCGACACCCCGACAACAACAACAACAACAUCAAGAACGAACCUGCUUCGUCUUCGUCGUCGUUGCUCGCCUUCCCACCCUUAGGUGCUCGGUUGCUGCUGCCUCACGCUCGUUUGUUUGCCGUAUAAAAAGUCGCUCGUUUACCCGGCCCCGUCUUCUCGACUCGUCUUCUCUUUAAGCAUUUCUCAGUGCCAGCAUCGGUCCAACCCCGGCUUGUAUCGCUACUAUCUCACGCCUGCCAUCUCAAGUUCAACAGAAGAACCCACAAUGAAGGCCAUUUUCGCACUCUUCAUUGCCGCCGCUGCGGCUCAGACGACCACAUCCACGGCCUUGACGCCCCAGCAGAGCUGCCUCAACGCCUGCGCCCCCAGCGAUGUCACCUGCCAGGCCAUCUGCGUCGGCGUCCCCCACCCAGGCGAUGCUCAGAUGAACUCGACCACCCAGUGCGUCGCCCAGUGCGACCAGGGUGACGGCUCCGCUGCUGCCAGCGAGGCCUACGCCAAGUGCCGUGAUGGCUGCAUCUCCAGCUACAUCAUCCUGUCCGGCACCGCCGCUCCAGGUGGCAGCUACACCACGGCCGUUCCGCCAGGUGUCUCUACCACCGCUGCUGCCGCGGAGGCCUCCGGCUCCGCCGCUGGCUCCGCCGCCGCUACUGAGGCUUCCGCUACCGCUUCCCAGACUGGUACUUCUGCAUCGGGUUCCGCCAGCGCCGCUUCGUCCACGUCGAAAAAUGCUGGCAACUCAUUGGCUUACGCACAGUACGGCGUCACAGGUGGCCUCACCGGCCUUUUCUUGGGCGCCUUCGCGCUGCUGUAGCUGGGUUCGCAGUGAGUUCGUUGUGUUGUGGAGGUAUUUCGGGAUUCUCACAUGUUGAAUGGAUAAUGUUUAAAUUGCUUUUUGAUUGAUUGGUUAAUUCAUGGCGCAUUUCCGACGAGUUUGAGCCUCUUGGGUUUGCGCUAGGCCAUAGUUUGCAUUCCCACUGUUGCUAGCAUGGAUAGUUAGCAAAUCAAUCUGAAAAAAAAAGCAUUUUUUUUGUGUGUCUUGAGUCGUCGUCUGGAUGUUUUUAUUUGAUUUUGUUUUCUAUAUCUCGCAUAUACUUCGUGGCUCGGACAAUCAAGUUUCGGCCGCAAUGUCAGGCUAAAUCCAGCGUCCCGGCUAUAGCUUGUAAGCAGGACAAUACAGCAUAUCGCGAACAUCAGACCGCUGCAACGACCUUACAU